AUGGCAGACAGAAACAGACCAGAUGAUUGGAAGGUUGGUCUCAUAUUGAAGCUGCCCAAGAAAUGUGACUUAGCAGACACAAAUAACUGGAGAGGAAUUAUAUUGCUGUCAGUGACCAGCAAAGUCCUAAGCAGAGUCACCUUAAACAGAAUGGCCUCAUUGGUGGACCCAUACCUUCGUAAAGAACAAGCUGGAUUCAGAAAAGGAAAAUCAGACCAGAUACCAAUAUUCGCCUUGAGGCAAAUUUUAGAACAGGAAUAUGCUUUACAAGGACUUAAAAGCAAAGGCGAUAUGGGGCACAGAACUCACAGACAGCUUUCCAAUCCAAACGGGGUACGACAGGGAUGUCUGCUUUCACCACUGCUCUGUACUUUCUGCAUAGACUGCCUUAUGAAAAUCACUACCAGUCAGGCUAAUAGAGGAAUAUCCUGGACAUUUCAACAGUCACUCGAAGAUCUUGACAUUGCAGAUGACAUCGCUUUACUAGCAUAG